GCCGCCCAAUAAUCACGGCCUCGCUCUCUUUCUCUCCUCCGCACCCUCGUUAUUUCCUGCUCGACCAUUCCCUCACCUUCGAUUUCGCUCUAGAUCUAGAUCGCUUCCUUGGAUUGAUUUUCUUGUCCAUUUGGAGUUUUUUCUUUAUUUUUAUUCCCAUCUCGCUUUUAUCUCUCCCGCAUUUAUACCCCCCCCGGUCGACCCAUCCCGGUGAUUCAUUGCCCACUAUGCCGCCAAAUAACAAGAAAAAGAAGAAGCCCGCGUCCAACCCGGCAAGAGGGUUUGCGACGGUCUCGGUGCCUUCGAAACCCAAGCCGGUCGCUUCUACUGACUCAACAGCUCCCACAACGGCCGCCGAAUCGAAAUCGGUGUCGGAAAGUGAUCGUCCUACCCCCGCGGAGAGCAGUCAACCGGUGGCAACGACGCAAGAACCUUCCUCGCUCCAGAAUUACUCCCCCGAGGAACUAGAGAAAUAUCUGGAGGAUGCAGAACUACAGAUUCUGGUGGAUAAAUACGCGGCGAAAUGCAAGAAUGAUGCAGCCCGCCAGGUGUCCAAGUUGGAAACCGAGCGAAGAGUUCUCCGCCAACAGGCUGUAUUAUUGAACCUUCUAGAAUGGCUUCCGAAGGAUAUACUGGACUCCAUACUGGGUCUCGCCGAGACGGAGGAACGCGAACUGAGUCCCUUGCCGGGCCGCGAUCCAACUGGCCUGAAAAAGGCCGGCUCGGAGGAAGAGCUGUAUGGGAGAGUCUGGACCCUAAAGGAAACCCUCCUGAAGCUCGGAUUUCCCGAGGAACGAGUAGAGGAGGUUUUAAAGCACCUGCUGCUUUAUUUUGCCGGUAAUUUCACCUAUGCCAAUAGGGACAUGGUGUGUAAUCUGGACGAGGCGUUGGACUGGCUCGCCAUGCACUGCAAGCUGGAGGAACUGCCAUCCUACUUGCAGACAAACAUCCAGCUGCGCAGAGAUGAAAAGGAUAUCUCUUGGAUAAACGAUCGUGAGCCAGCACAGUCCCCGGUCCCCAAAGUAACCCAGGAUAACAGCAAAGCCAAGAGGGCGAAAAGCGAAAUAAGGGAAUCAAUUCCCUCGAGUCCUUAUGACUCGGAUAGUUCUUUGGAUCCUGAUACCCUCAUGCCCAAGUUUAUGGAAUUGCAAACUAAAUUAUAUGGUCUCCAGCCUGAUCUUUUCGACAAACCCAGAAAGGGAAAGAAGUCAGGCCGAGAAACCACCGACUCUAACGGUGAAAACCCCCAAGUAAUAAGACUGCAGCGUAAAAUUGCCAGCAUUGAGAAUGAUGUACUUUUUGAUCGUGCCGAGGCUGAAUAUCGGUGGAAAGAGAAGCUGGAGGAUCUGCGCAAAGAAGCUGCUUUUCUCCGACAAAUGGAGCCUCAAAAGAAAACUACUCCGGAUGCCAACGAAAGCAAGGAGCAAUCAGAGGGGAAGCCGGAGCAAGACUCCUCGAAAGAGGACAUGGAUGAUGCUGCGGACCUUCUAGGGGAUAUGUUCGGGGGUGAAGAGCCGGUUCUGGAGACUGGUGUAAUCACCGAAGAACUAAACAAAGCUGCUGUGACAAUUCGUGAUUUCGGCAAAUGGACCGGCCUGAACCCUCGACGUGUGUUAGAAGAAACCUGCAGAGCAAGGGAUUCUGGGUCAAGUGUCACCUACAAAGACUUUUCCCCUUCAUCACAUACCAACCGCAGGGCAGUUGAAGUGAGAUUCUCUAAGCCACAAGAUGUCCCCUUCCAGUUCGAAUGGGAUGCGGUUACUCACAAGUCAAGCCCAUGGGCCACUUUUGUAUCAAUGGAUAACCUGGCAACACCGACGCCGCAGCAAGCAGAAGCGUUUGUCUCAACGUUGGCUCUUUUCAUUCUCUUCCCGCAAAGCUCAAAGGAAGGGAAAUCAUACCUGCGUCUUCCAGCCGUGUGGAGAGAUCUGUGGACUGAGUUUGCAACUGCAAAGAAGCUUCAAGAGGAUGAGGUGGACAAGAAGGCCGUGAGGGGCUUGAAGAAGUUGAUACAAGAAAAUCAUGGAAGCUUCGAAGAUGAUGUAGUCCUGUUGGACAAUUUUCGCAGAAGAAAUGGAACGCCAAACAGAUUGGAAUCUCCUUCCAAGUCAUCUGGUGGCAAGGAAUCGUCGAACACCGAGUCUCAGCUGCUCCAGAGUAUUUGGGCAGACAAGUCAUCGACACCUUCUUUCCAGCAUAUGGCCCUAGGAAGGAUGAACCUGCCGAUUUGGAAUUUCAAGGACGAAAUACUCAGUACGUUAGAUACUCAUCGUGCGCUCAUCAUCUGCAGUGAAACGGGUAGUGGAAAAAGUACGCAGAUCCCAUCAUUCAUUCUUGAGCAUGAAAUGCAGCAAGGCCGUCCUUGUAAGAUAUUUGUCACAGAACCCCGAAGGAUCUCUGCUAUAUCUUUGGCCCGAAGAGUAAGCGAAGAGCUGGGUGAGAGCAAGAACGACGUGGGAACGUCCCGCUCUCUCAUCGGAUUUGCGGUCAGGCUGGAAAGCAAAGUCAGCCAGUCUACGAGAUUAGUCUUUGCGUAUGCUUCCCAUCUCACCCCGUGUCUUCUCUAUAAGCCCUAAAUGCUAAUGUUUACCAGAACGACUGGAGUUGUGGUACGGAUGCUGGAACGCCCGGACGAUUUCCAAGAUAUCACUCAUGUCGUACUCGAUGAAGUUCAUGAACGUACGAUUGAUAGUGACUUCCUGCUCAUCGUUCUCAGGCGGUUGAUGCAGAAAAGGCCGGAGUUGAAACUGAUCUUGAUGUCGGCUACCCUCGAGGCCCAGCGCUUCUCUACCUACCUAGGGGGAGUUCCUGUGAUGAACAUCCCGGGACGGACUUUCCCUGUGGAAAUGAAGUUCCUAGAGGAUGCCGUUGAGAUGACAAACUACCGGUUGGCGGAGCACGACCCGAAU